AUCCCUCCGCGGACGUUCAUAUACCUGUGCAGAAAUUUAAUUUUGGCUAGAAUUUCCUGACAUUUUCCUAGUUUCUCCCGCCUCGCUCGCUGCAGUCCUAGUAGCCAUGGCUUCCCUCGCAAUGUCGUCUGUAUCCACGGCUUCGCUUCUCUCGUCCGCGGAGUCCUCCGCCUUCGCGCAGCGCAAGGCCCUUGCCGGCACUGCCAAGACUGCAGCAGUGAAGAGCUUCCAGCGUGCAGCAGUUCGCUGCCAGGCAUCCUCCGAUUCUUCCUCCUCGGACUCCGCGCCUCUCGCCCUCCCCCGCCGCCAAGCGCUGCUCACCGCUCUCACUGCCGCUUCUAGCCCUCUGUGGGUGCCUUUGUUGACGUCGUCUGACCCCGCCCUUGCCGCAAAUAUUGUUCAGCGCAACCAGCGGGCGGCUUACCUGCUGCGCCUCAAGGAGGACCUGUUUAACACCAUCAGUGCCAACAAGGAACUUGUGCCUGACAUCCUGCGAUUGGCCCUCAAUGACGCCGCCACGUAUGACAAGGAGACUAAGACAGGAGGGGCCAACGGCUCCAUCCGAUUCAGCGAGGAGAUCUCUCGCUCCGAGAACAAGGGCCUCAAGGCGGCCCUGCAGCUGCUGGAAGGGGUGAAGGCGCGCGUGGACGAGGGCGCUAAGGGCGGCCCUCUCUCAUACGCCGAUCUGAUCCAGUUCGGAGCCCAAGCCGCAGUGAAGACCACCUUCCUGGCAGCUGCCACGCGCAAGGCGGGAGGAGAUCCCAAGGAUGGACUCAACCUGUACUUCGCUAUCGGCUCCCCGGGGCAGUGGGGGUUCUUUGACAAGCAGCUUGGUCGUGCCGACGCCGACGGGCCCGACCCAGCAGGGAGGGUGCCCGACUGGGAGCAGCUGAGUGCAGCAGAGAUCAAGGAGAAGUUCGCCCGCCUGGGGCUCUCGCCGCGGCAGACGGUGAACCUGGCUCUGUUCCUGGGGCGCGAUCUGGAGACGGUUGAGGCGAAGCUGGAGCAGGACGAGGAGAUGAAGAAGUGGGUGGCCAAGUACAGGCAGAGCCGCAAGACGGUGUCCCAGACCAACUUCGAGGUUGACCUGAUCGGGGCCUUCCUAAAGCUCUCUCUCCUUGGAGCACCCAUCAAUACUGAGGCCUACACCUAUGAACCACCUAGGGUAGAGUUCAAGCUCUAGGCUGCUCCUCUUGUUAUUGGGUUUAUGUAUUUUAUGAGCACACACAGUUUGCAAUGUUUUGAAAGCACCACGGGAGAGACAA